AUGCCGACUCGACGCGUCACCAAGUCAGAGGCGAAGGCGUCGGCCGCCGCCGCCGCGCAGGUGCGCAACGAGCAGCUGGAUGAGCGUCAGCUGUGGCUGCCCUCGCUGGAGACGGCGCUGUCGCUGCUGGUCCUGCCUCGCGCCGUGUCGGCGUUGCUGAGCCCCAUCGCGGACUGUGACGAGACGUUCAACUACUGGGAGCCGCUGCACUACCUGCUCUACCGCUUCGGCUUCCAGACGUGGGAGUAUUCCCCCGUCUACGCCCUGCGCUCCUACUUCUACCUGCUGCUGCACUACGUCGUGGUCCAGCUCACGGCGUUCGGCUCCACGCUCGGUCUGCUGGCCGACCAGAAGCUGCUGCUGUUCUACGGUCUGCGCGCGGCGUUGGCGCUGCUUUCGGCCUACGCGGAGGCUCUGUUCUACCAAUCGACCAGCAAGCGCUUCGGACGACGAACUGCUCGCUACCUGCUGUGGAUUCUGCUGUUCAACGCUGGCGUCUUCCAUGCCAGCACAGCCUUCUUGCCCAGCACCUUCACUAUGGUGCUGGUCAUGCUGUUCGCCAGCGCCUGGAUGGACAAGAAUCACUACCUUGCUCUGUUCUGGGGCGUUGUGGCGGUACUCUGCGGCUGGCCCUACGUCGGUGUUCUUUUCAUCCCGUUCGCAGUCGAGACGCUUUACACUCGGGGACUGAUCAAGAGUAUCCUGGUUGGCGCAGGUAUCGGCGGCGCUGUGCUGGCGGUGGAACUGAUUGUCAACUUUCAUUACUACCAGCGAUGGGUACUACCGGCGUGGAACAUUGCGGUGUACAAUGUGCUGAGCAACGAGACGGACUCGACGCUGUACGGGACGGAGCCGCUGAGCUACUAUCUGCUGAAUUUGGCUCUGAACUUCAACGUAGUGGCUCUAUUGGCAGCUCCGGCGGUGCUGUUCGUAUUCGCGUUGCCCAGCCAUUACGAGACUGGAAAGCUGCAGUUGGUGGCGUACUUACUGCCUAUGUACGUGUGGGUGGCGAUCAUGUUCACCCAAGCGCACAAGGAAGAGCGGUUCCUGUCACCGGUCUACCCACUAUUUUGUCUGGCUGCUGCGAUCACGCUGAGUGCUGUGGUUUAUCGUAUUGGACGUUUCUUCAGCCAUGCUCGUGCCGUGGGCAAUGGACUUACGCAGCUUAUUGUGGUUGGCAUUCUUGGGGUCUACUCCCUGCUGUCGGCGUCUCGCGUCGUGAGCAACGUUGUCAACUUCAGUGCCCCUCUUCGUGUGUACCAGCAUCUGUAUGCCAACGUGCUACCGAACCCUCACGCUGCAAUGCUGCUUGACGCCCCGAACGCUGCCACCCCAACGGUGAAUCUGUGCCUUGUGAAGGAAUGGUACCGCUUUCCGACGAGCUUUUUCAUCCCGUCUAACAGCACCAAGGUCCAGUUUGUGAAGUCGUCGUUCUCCGGACUGCUGCCGAAGCCUUUCGAGGAGCACGAGAACGGCACUUCAAUCAUCCCCGGCGCCAUGAACGACCAGAACCGCGAGGAGCCCAGUCGCUACGUGCCCAUUGAGAGCUGUGACUACGUCGUGGACCUGAAUCUGCCCGGCCAGCAGGAGACCAAGUUCUGGGAGGAGCCUGCCACUUGGGAGCUCGUGCACUCCGAGCCGUUCCUCGAUGCUGAGCGGUCCAAGUCGCCCUACCGAUCGUUCUACAUCCCGAUGCUCACGCCGCAGUACGUCAAAUACGCGGACUACGCGAUCUACAAACGCAAGAAAGCCGCAGCAAAUUAG